UCCUCUGCGUUUAUAUAGGUCUCUUUAGGGAGUGGAGAGACACCUUUUGUCGUCAGACACACUGAGGUUGCAAGAGAUGUCUAAGUACCAGACCAAAGUGUUGGAUGAAGAAAAGCAAGUCCAGAAGACCCCGGGUAAAGGUCAGUGUGGCUCAUGCCAUGGACCCGGCUACGCUUCGCCAUUGGAUGCCAUGAGAGGCCCCAAAGAAAAGCUGAUUUACGUACCAUGCAUUUUAACCGGAACUGAGUCUCGGCAACCUGACUAUUUGGCCACGGUGGACGUAGAUCCAGAAUCACCGUGUUAUUGCCAGGUCAUCCACCGUCUGCGCAUGCCUUACCUGGAUGACGAACUCCAUCACUCGGGUUGGAACGCUUGCAGCAGCUGCUUCGGGGACACUAGCAAGGAACGCAACCGCCUCGUCCUGCCAUGCCUGGGCUCUGGUCGCGUUUAUGUGGUGGACACGGGCACGGAUAUGUAUGCUCCCAGCUUGUGCAAAAUCAUUGAACCCCGAGAAAUCAUCGAGAAAACCAACUUGAGUUUCUUACACACCUCUCAUUGCUUGGGCACUGGGGAGGUGAUAAUCAGCGGCAUUGGAGACGCAUUCGGCAACGGAAAAGGUGGAUUUCUCGUUCUGGACGCGGAAACCUGGGAAGUGAAGGGGACCUGGGACUGUCCGGAAGAUGGACCCGUCCAGAUGUAUGACUUCUGGUAUCAGCCACGGCACAACGUCCUGAUGAGCACCGAAUGGGGGGAGCCCAAGGUCUUUAUCAACGGGUUCAGACCAGAAGAUCUGGGAAAAGGACUCUACGGCCGCCACCUCAACAUCUGGGACUGGACCACCCACCGUCUCAUCCAGUCGAUCGACAUGGGUGAAGAUUCGGCCCCGCUGGAGAUCCGCUUCUUGCACAACCCCGAUUCGGUCCACGGUUUCGUGGGCUGCACCCUGGAGAGCUCCAUCCACCAUUUCUUCAAGACAGAGGACGGAUGCUGGGCGGCUGAGAAAGUGAUCCAAGUCCCAAACAAGAAAGUAUCAGGAUGGACCUACCCUGAAAUGCCAGGGUUCAUCGUCGAUAUCAUCAUUUCCCUGGAUGACAAGUUCCUCUUCUUAAGCAACUGGGUGCAUGGCGAUGUCCGGCAAUACGAUAUCACCGACCCACACUGUCCCAAACUAGUCGGGCAGGUGUUUGUGGGGGGCAGCCUUCAGAAAGGGGGUCCCGUAACUGUCCUUGAAGAUCCGGAGCUGGACUGCCAACCCGAUACCUUUGUGAUCCAGGGCAAGAAGGUCCAAGGAGGGCCUCAAAUGCUGCAGCUGAGCUUGGAUGGCCGCCGUCUCUUCGUCACCACCUCUCUUUACACGCCUUGGGACAAGCAAUUUUACCCCGACCUAGUCAAGGAAGGUUCGGUCAUGCUCCAGCUGGACGUGGACACCGAGAAGGGCGGCCUUUCCGUGAACAAGAACUUUCUGGUGGAUUUUGGGCAAGAACCAUAUGGUCCAGCUCGGACGCAUGACAUGCGCUACCCCGGUGGGGAUUGCUCCUCCGACAUCUGGGUGUAGCGUGCAUCUUUUCCAAGUUGCCUUCAUUUGUGUGGGGGAAACACUCCAUAAAUUGGGGUCUAUCCAAUACUUCUUUGUUCGGUGCUUGCUGCCAUGACUUUUUGGAAGUCAUGCCGUAAAGUUCAACAUGAGACAUACCAUUGUACUAGUGCACAUCCCCAUUGUUCUCUGGGUGCCUCCUUCCUCCAGCUCUGAGAGGGCUUACCUCACAAUGUCUCCAUGGCAAUGCUCUCGGUAGAUAAUAAUAAUAAUAAUAAUAAUAAUAAUAAUAAUAAUAAUAAUAAUAAAUAAAUAAAUAAAACUUUAUUUAUAUACCGCCCUAUCUCCCGGAUGGGACUCAGGGCAGUUUACAGUCAUAAAAGCAAACACAAACAUUACAUAAUAACAUAAUACACAUUAUUAAACAAAGUAAAAUAAUACAAUUAUAACAAUAAAUCACACUUACAUGACCAGAUCAAGGGGAUGGGAACCAUAAAACCAAUACAGUAGAGUCUCACUUAUCCAAGCUAAAUGGGCCAGCAGAAGCUUGGAUAAGCGAAUAUCUUGGAUAAUAAGGAGGGAUUAAGGAAAAGUCUAUUAAACAUCAAAUUAGGUUAUGAUUAUACAAAUUAAGCACCAAAAUAUCAUGUUAUACAACAAAUUUGACAGAGAAAGUAGUUCAAUAUGCAGUAAUGUUAUGUAGUAAUUACUGUAUUUACGAAUUUAGCACCAAAAUAUCACGAUAUAUUGAAAACAUUGACUACAAAAAUGGCUUGGAUUAUCCAGAAGCUUGGAUAAGCGAGGCUUGGAUAAGUGAGACUCUACUGUAUAUUAAAAUGUAUCAUUUUAGGCUAGGGAAAUCUUGUGCAAGAUAGGUAGCUUCUCUUUGGUGGCUCUUUCUUUCCUUUCUCCCUUUGGCUCAUACACCUUCUCCCUCUCUGUUUUCUUCCUUUCAUUUUCAUCAUACACCUUCCCUCUCUUCUUUAUUUCCUUUCUUUUUAACUUCCUUCCUUUUUUUCUCUUUCCUUCUUUUUCUCUCUUAUCUCCCUCUUUCCCUUCCCUUCCUUCUCUCAACUUUUUCUUUCUUCCUUUUCCCUCCUUUCCUUCUAUUUUCCUUUCUUUGCCUUCAUUUUCUCAUUCUUUCCUUCCUACCGUCAUACACAAGUCGUUUCUCUUUCCCAGUAAUAUCACAAAAGGGCCACUUCACCUAGCAACAGCCAAUCAAGUGACAUCACAGAGGGCCACUUUGCUUAGCAACCACCUUUGUGGUACAAACAGCCUUCUUUGGAGGCUUUUAAACAGAGGCUGGAUGGCCAUCUGUCGGGGGUGCUUUGAAUGUGAUUUCCUGCUUCUUGGCAGAAUGGGGUUGGACUGGAUGGCCCAUGAGGUCUCUUCCAACUCUACUAUUCUAUGAUUCUAUGAUUCUAUGAGAUAAACAUGCCUACUUUGUGUUGUUGAAGGGCUUCAUGGCCGGAAUCACUGGGUUGCUGUGAGUUUUCUGGGCUGUAUGGUCAUGUUCCAGAAGAAUUCUCUCCUGACGUUUCACCCACCUCUAUGGCAGGCAUCCUCAGAGGUUGUGAGGUCUGUUGGAAACUAGGAAUAAUGUCCAGAGUGGGAGAAAAAACUCUUGUCUGUUUGAGGCAAGUGUGACUGCAAUUGGCCGGUUUAAUUAGCAUUGAAUGGCCUUGCAGCUUCAAAGCCUGGCUGCUUCUUGCCUGGGGGAAUCGAUUGUUGGGAAGUGUUACUUGGCCCUGAUUGUUUCAUGUCUGGAAUUCCUCUGUUUUCUGAGUGUUGUGCUUUAUUUACUGUCCUGAUUUUAGAGUUUUAAUACUAUUUUCCAACAGACUGGUCAAUUGCAACAUUCACACUUGUCUCAGGUAGACAAGAGUUCUUUCCAAAUGUACAGUAAAGUCUCACUUAUCCAACAUAAACGGGCCGGCAGAAUGUUGGAUAAGCGAAUAUGUUGGAUAAUAAGGAGGGAUUAAGGAAAAGCCUAUUAAAAUCAAAUUAGGUUAUGAUUUUACAAAUUAAGCACCAAAACAUCAUGUUAUACAACAAAUUUGACAGAAAAAGUAGUUCAAUACACAGUAAUGCUAUGUAGUAAUUACUGUAUUUACGAAUUUAGCACCAAAAUAUCACGAUAUAUUGAAAACAUUGACUACAAAAAUGCGUUGGAUAAUCCAGAAUGUUGGAUAAGCGAGUGUUGGAUAAGUGAGACUCUACUGUAUAUAAAUCCCACUUGUCUAGUUUCUAACAGACCUCACAACCUCUGAGAAUGCCUGCCAUAGAUGCGGGCGAAACAUCAGGAGAGAAUGCUUCUGGAACAUACCCAUACAGCCCGGAAAACUCACAACAACUCAUGUCUACUUUGACUUAUAUAGAAAGAGAUAUGGAGACACACAAGAUGUAUAAACACAUAAACUAACAACUAUCAUCAACUAUCAAAGGCAAAACAGGGACUGGAGGAAGCAAUACUGUUUUAUUGUCGGUUUAGAUAUGACUGGAAAAUUCAACAUUUUCCCCAUUCAUACAAAGGGCUGAGAAUACGAUUGAUGAACCUAUGAACGGCUUGGUGUGCAAGGCCUUUUAUAAGGGGGGGGGGGGGGGGGUUCUGUAGAGACCAUGACCAAGAAUGUCAUGAAUAGGCUCAUCCUGUUAAGAAAUAAAGUGCUGUUUGAAAUAUAAUAAAACUUUUCUUUGAA